AUGCCCCGUGCCCCCUACUUCAUGCCCUUGCUGCUACUGUUGCUGCUGCUCUCACUUCCCUCUACCUGGGCUGCCUUUCCCCAGGACCCCCUCCCUCUGUUGAGCUCUGACCUACAAGGUACCUCCCCAUUAUCCUGGUUCCGGGGCCUGGAGGAUGAUGCUGUGGCUGCAGAACUUGGGUUGGACUUUCAGAGAUUCCUGACCUUGAACCGGACCUUGCUAGUGGCUGCCCGGGAUCACGUUUUCUCCUUCGAUCUUCAAGCCCAAGAAGAAGGAGAGGGGCUGGUGCCCAACAAGUAUCUAACAUGGAGGAGCCAAGAUGUGGAGAACUGUGCUGUACGGGGAAAGCUGACGGACGAGUGCUACAACUACAUUCGUGUUCUUGUUCCCUGGGACUCCCAGACGCUCCUUGCCUGUGGAACGAACUCAUUCAGCCCUGUGUGCCGCAGUUAUGGGAUAACUUCGCUGCAGCAGGAGGGUGAGGAGCUGAGUGGGCAGGCUCGAUGCCCCUUUGAUGCCACCCAGUCCAACGUGGCCAUCUUUGCAGAGGGCAGCCUGUACUCAGCCACGGCUGCAGAUUUCCAGGCCAGUGACGCUGUAGUUUACCGAAGCCUUGGGCCUCAGCCCCCGCUCCGCUCUGCCAAGUACGACUCCAAGUGGCUCCGAGAGCCGCACUUUGUCCAUGCCUUGGAGCAUGGAGACCACGUCUACUUCUUCUUCCGAGAGGUCUCUGUGGAAGAUGCCCGGCUGGGGCGGGUGCAGUUCUCCCGUGUAGCCCGAGUAUGUAAACGUGACAUGGGUGGCUCACCUCGGGCCUUGGACCGCCACUGGACAUCCUUCCUGAAGCUGCGGCUUAACUGCUCUGUCCCUGGGGACUCUACCUUCUAUUUUGACGUCUUACAGGCCUUGACUGGGCCUGUGAACCUGCAUGGCCGCUCUGCUCUCUUUGGGGUCUUCACCACGCAGACUAAUAGCAUCCCUGGCUCUGCAGUCUGUGCCUUCUACUUGGAUGAUAUUGAGCGUGGGUUUGAGGGCAAGUUCAAGGAACAGAGGAGUCUGGAUGGGGCAUGGACCCCUGUGUCUGAGGACAGGGUCCCUUCACCCAGGCCAGGAUCCUGUGCAGGAGUAGGUGGAGCUGCCUUGUUCUCAUCUUCCCGAGACCUCCCUGAUGACGUCCUGACCUUCAUCAAGGCUCACCCACUGCUGGACCCUGCUGUGCCACCUGCCACCCAUCAGCCUCUCCUCACUCUCACUAGCAGGGCCCUCCUGACCCAGGUAGCUGUGGAUGGCAUGGCUGGUCCCCACAGUAACCAUACAGUCAUGUUCCUUGGCUCCGAUGAUGGCACAGUGCUGAAGGUGCUGCCCCCCGGUGGGCGAUCUGGGGAACCUGAGCCCAUCCUACUGGAAGAGAUCGAUGCCUACAGCCCCUCCCGGUGCAGUGGGAAACGGGCAGCACAAACAGCACGACGGAUCAUAGGGCUGGAGCUGGACACUGAGGGUCACAGGCUCUUUGUGGCUUUUUCUGGUUGUAUCGUCUACCUCCCUCUCAGCCGGUGUGCCCGCCAUGGGGCCUGUCAGAGGAGCUGUCUGGCUUCUCAGGACCCUUACUGUGGAUGGCAUAGCUCCAGAGGCUGUGUGGAUAUCAGGGGACCCGGUGGGACUGAUGUGGAUCGGGCUGGGAAGCAGGACUCCACGGACCAUGGUGACUGCCAAGAUGGAGCUACUGGGAGUCAGUCCGGCCCCGGGGAUUCCGCCUAUGCGCUUCUGGGUCCUGGCCCUUCCCCUGGGACCCCCAGUCCCCCCAGUGAUGCCCACCCCUGGCCCCAGUCUUCCACUCUUGGAGCUCAUACUCAGGGCGUGCGGGACGCCCCCCCAGCCUCGGCCUCCCGCUCGGUGCCCAUCCCACUCCUCCUGGCCUGUGUGGCCGCAGCCUUCGCCCUGGGCGCCUCAGUCUCUGGCCUCCUGGUCUCCUGUGCUUGUCGCCACGCCCACCGACGUCGGGGCAAGGACAUCGAGACUCCGGGGCUCCCGCGCCCUCUCUCCCUUCGCAGUUUGGCCCGGCUACACGGUGGGGGCCCAGAGCCCCCGCCGCCGUCCAAGGACGGAGACGCGGCGCUGACGCCACAGCUCUACACUACCUUCCUGCCUCCUUCCGAGGGCGUACCCCCACCGGAGCUGGCCUGCCUGCCCACCCCGGAGUCCACACCAGAGCUGCCAGUCAAGCACCUCCGCGUCGCUGGGGGUCCCUGGGAGUGGAACCAGAACCGGAACAACGCCAAGGAGGGCCCGGGCCGUGCGCGGGGCGGGAACACAGCUGGGGGCCCGGUGCCCCGCGUGCUGGUGAGGCCGCCGCCGCCCGGCUGUCCGGGGCAGGCGGUGGAAGUCACCACCCUUGAGGAACUGCUGCGCUACUUGCACGGCCCCCAGCCGCCCAGGAAGGCGGCGGAGCCCCCGGCCCCUUUUACCUCUCGGGCGCUGCCGCCCGAGCCUGCCCCCAUGCCCGCCCUCUUUGCCGGUUCCAGCCCCCUUCCCCGGGAAUGUGCCCCUCCCCUGAGACUGGAUGUGCCCCCCGAGGGGAAGCGCCCGCCUCCCACCACCCGGCCUGCGCUCUCCGCGCCCGCUCCCCGGCUAGGGGUCGGAGGGAGUCGAAGGUUGCCCUUCUCCACGCAGCGUGCGCCCCCUGCCCUGCUCACUCGCGUCCCCUCAGGAGGCCCCUCCAGGUACUCCGGAGGUCCCGGGAGGAACCUCUUGUACCUGGGCCGGCCUGAGGGGUACCGGGGCCGCGCCCUCAAGAGGGUGGACAUCGAGAAACCCCAGUUGUCCCCGAAGCCUCCUCUCGUCGGGCCCUCUUCCCAUCCGGCCGUCCCUAACGGCAGCCAUUUUAACCUUUAA